UAAUUAGCCAAUAGUCAUGCCAUAUCAUUGGUGUUUUGAUAUUGAAAUGACUUAUUUGUGGAUAAGUAUUCUGAGUUUUCCAAUUUUAAUCUUACUUAUUAAUGUUGAAAUUCUUUGAAGUACGUCUAUUUUGAUAACGUAGCGAUAAAAUAAUUCGCAAUGAUUAUUUUGAUCCGGUGACAUCUAUUACAUGACGUGAUAACUGUAUGCAUUGUGAUAUUUUAUAUUUGAUAUUUAAUGGGUUGUGUUGUAUCACGUAUCCAGCCCAUAAUGUCUUUGUUCGGCCGACAUACUAGUAAUUCUCAGGAUAAUCGAGCAAAGCUGGAAAGAAAACUAUACCUAGCUAGAGAAUCGCCAGAACCCGAUUUCGAUUUAUCUGACUGUCAGAUACGCCGCUUGCCUACUGGUAUAUUCUCGAUAUGCAAAGUAUUUAGAAAAGACUAUUUAUAUCUUCACAAUAACAGCUUGCAAUCGCUUGAAGAUGGAGGGCAGUUGUCAGAUCUCCAAUUGAUUAAAGUUUUGAAUUUAAGUAAUAAUCACUUCUCACGUUUACCUAACAAUAUAAGAUAUCUGGUAAGUUUGACAGAAUUAUACCUUCAAAACAACUAUCUCGAAUCUUUACCAGAAGGAAUAAAGUUUUUAGAAUGUUUACAAGUUUUAGAUGUCUCAAAUAAUAAAUUGAGAAGUUUGAUUUCAGUGUUGGGUAAUUUAAAGUGUCUGCGAGUAUUAAAAAUCUUUGAUAAUAGGAAUUUAAAUAAGCUGUGUCCAGAACUAUGUUUCGCUACAAAUUUGGUUACAAUUGAACUAGAUGGUAAGAAUUUUAUCUACCCACCUGCAGAAAUAACUACUAAAGGGACAGUGGAAAUUAUGAAAUACUUGUGUAUAGAAAUGAAUAUUGACUAUACAACACCGCUUCAUGUUAAUUCAAAUAUUUCACCAACUCAAACUCCAAGCACCAAUUACAAUGUUUUUGAGAAACAAGUAAGCAUUACAUGGGAGGAACAAGAAGCUAAAAUGAUUGAGCAGGAAAAUAAAAUACAUAAAGCAAAUCAGGAGCAGAGAGAAAAGUUUUUAUCAAAGUUUUUAAAGGAGCAGCAAGAUUUAGACAGUGAAAUAGCUAAAGUACAUGGAAUCAGAGAUAUUGAAAGACAGAAACUAAUGAGAUCUAUACAGAAAGAAGAAAAAGACAUAGAGUGCUUAGUUAAAAACUUUAUCCAGGUUGAUAGGCUUAAACCAGAAGUUGUUCAACAGCAACUUGCUUAUGAACAAGCAGAGCAUAAUCGCUUGCUUGAAAUUACUAGGCAAAAUUAUGAUAAUGUGCGAAGAGCUGAUAUUUUAAUUGCAAUGGAGAAACUAAUAGAAAAUGAUUAUCAUAUUCAAUACCACAAGAAAAAUUACUUGGAUGAUCUAAAUAAUAUCAAGCAAAGUUUACUAUCACAAGAGUCAGAGGGUACACAAAAACUAGUGCAACUAUUAAAUGCUAAAGAUGAAUCUCGGACAGUGUUGAUUCAACAGGUUUUAGAAGAUCAAGAUAUUCAAAAAGCUAUGGUCUCAUCCCUUCUUGACAGGGUUGAUGCAAAAAGUUGGAGCCUGAACCAAGAAAUAUCACUGAUUUCAACACAUUUAGCAAGACUUAGUGUUAUUGAACAGGAAAAAAAGAAGAUGCAAAUUGCAUUUAAUUAUAACGAGCUACUAAUACAGAGGUUAAAGUUGGUGGACUUUUUAGAUGAUCUUUUAGAUCAGAGAAAUAGACACAGGAAGCAAUUAAUUAACACUUUGAAGGAAGCAGAAAGUGAAAACAAUAUCCCGAAUGACUUUUGGUUAAAAAGUUAUCAAAAACUCCUAGAUUCUGCCCCUAAAUCUUUAUUUAAUGUUGGAAAGCUAGAUCCUAUUUUUGCAAAUUAUCUCUUGCAAGAAGGAGUUAUUCAUUGUUUGCCCUUCUUGGCAAAGUCUCUUAUAUGUGGUGAGUCUUUAUUGAAUAUAAGUCAUGAGAGUUUGAAAGAGAGGGGAGUAUCUUUGAGUUCAGAUAGGGAGAGUAUUUUAAGAGCUUUAAAAUUGUAUGUGGAAGAGAAAAGUCAAAAUAAUGUUGAAUCCAAUAGUGUACCAUUAAGUCCUAGUGCCCCUCCUUCAGAACAUGGACAAAAUUGUUCAGGUAUUUUGAAUGUGGAUGAAAAAGAAAGCUCAAAUGUAGAGGGUGAAUGUGUUAUAUGCAUGGAUGCAAAGUCUGGAGUUGUUUUUGUACCAUGUGGUCACAUGUGUUGCUGCCAAUCAUGCGCACAAAAUGAAUUAGAAGGCUGCCCAAUGUGUAGAACAAUGAUAGAAAGAACAAUUAGAGUCAUUCUAUCCUAGUUAUAUAAAUAAAGUAAGAUAUUA